AUGGACAUUGUCCUUUUAUGGAAUCCCUCAACCAAAAGAUUUAUAGACCUGCCUUACGCACUCGACUCGGACUUAACACAAUCCAACAUUCACGAAUAUGUUUCGGAUGGUUUUGGUUAUGAUAACAACGAUUACAAUCCGUUAAGGCGUCAUGAUAAUAGAACCGGUUUGGGGCGCUACAAUGAUGGAUUGGUCUUCAUGACAUAUACGCUGGACAUCGUCGUUUUAUGGAAUUCGUCAUCUAGGAAGUCUAUAAAACUGCCUCCCACCUCGGUUGAAAUCCCAAAUCAUUCUUACCGUCACAAAUAUUCCACUUAUGGAAUUGGGUAUGAUAAAAUUAGUGACGAUUACAAAGUGGUGAGAGUUGUGAUUGUUCUAGGUGACGCCAUCUAUUACGAGGUUAAAGUUUAUAGUUUGAGAACAAAUUUGUGGCAUAAGGCAAACAAACAUUCCGAUCACCAUCCGGAUUUGGAGACAUCGAUAAAUGCAAUAGCUGGUGGAGCGAUGCACUGGAUGUCGGUUGGGAUGGAUGAUAAACUUUCAAUUCUUGCCUUUCAUCUUGGGACUGAGACAUACAGGGUAAUUCAACACCCUCAUGUUUGUCUAGCUUAG